AUGGCGACCUCUCUCCCCGUCUUGGUUGGGUAUGGGAAUCUACUGCUCAUAACUCUCAUUGUCACAGCCAUCGUCGCUGUUGCCGUAGUCUAUCAAGCAUUCUUCGCCAUCCGGUAUCCCGCCAGCCUUCCUCUGGGAGGAGAACCUCCUGGGGCGAGACGCUUUAGCUUGAGGACAAGAUGGAGAUACUACACCGACUGUGCCGGGCUGUAUAGACAGGCAUAUGAACAGUACACCAAGAAAGGCAAGGCUGUCCUCCUGCCCGGGCUCGGGUGCCGCCUAGACAUCAUCUUGCCUCAAAGCGCCAUGCGGUGGGUACUGGCGCGACCGGAGAACGAACUCAGUCACGCCGAUGCCGUGCUCGAGGUUGUGCAGCUCAAGUACGGGCUGGGCGACGAGAAAUACAAGGCCGAUCCUUGGCCGGGCAUGCUGGUCAAGACCGAGAUCAAUGCCAUGUUGGAGAAUGUGUGUGCUGACAUGAACGACGAACUGGCCCACGCCUUCGACCGCUUGCUCGGCGACACGGGUUCGGACUCGGACUCGUGGAAGGAGAUCGACCUGCUGCACACGGUCAGGCUGGUGGUGGCACAGGCUGCCAGCCGCUUCACAGUUGGGCUUCCGCUCUGUCGCAAUCAACAGUAUCUGCGAGACUGCUUGAGAGUCGUCGACGGCAUCGUCUUGAACGGCGGCCUGACAGGUGCAUGCCCCCGAGCUCUGCGGCCCAUCUUGGGUCCGAUAUUCAGCUGGAAUCUCCGUCGCCACGUCGACAGAGUCAAGAAGCACUUCGAGCCACUUUACCGCCGGAGAAUGCAGGACUUGACCAUGAACAACAACAACAACAACAAAAGAGACGAAGAAGGUGCCAGACAAGCCAAGGGAGACCCGACGACUAAGCCCCCGGAUCUCCUACAAAUGAUGCUUCAGUACGGCCUGAAGGAACGGCCGGGCGAAGUGUACGACGUCGACAGCAUGGCUCGCCGCCUCUGUUUCGCCAACUUCGCCGCGUUCCACCAGACCAGCAUCCUCAUCACCAACAUGCUCCUCAACAUCCUGAGCUCGGACGCCGAAUUCAACACCAUCUCGGUGCUCCGCGACGAGGUGGCUCGCAUCGUAACCGGGGUGGGAUCCCCGACCGGCGCCGCCGCCGACGACGACCUCCAUCCCCAAUGGACCAAGUACAAGGUGGCACAAAUGGUCAAGGCCGACAGUGUGGCUCGUGAGACGCUACGGCUGAACUCGUACAGCAACCGCGGACUGUUCCGCAAGGUCAUGGUGGACGGCAUUGUCACGGAAGAAGGCAUCAGGCUGCCCAAGGGCGCGUACCUCUCAUUCCUGGGCCACCCGCUGCAAUGCGACCCGGACACGUUCGACCGGCCGUUCAGAUACGAUCCGUUCCGCUUCUCGCGCGCGCGCGAGGCCGCCGCCGACCACAAGGGCAAUGCGGGCUUGAGCAAUCUCAGCUUCGUCGCCACCUCCCCCCAGCACCUGCCGUUCGGCCACGGCAAUCAUUCCUGUCCGGGCCGCUUUCUGGUCGACUUCGAGCUGAAGAUGAUCAUCGCUUACCUCUUGGAGAACUAUCAUUUGGAUUUCCCCGCCGAGUACGCCGGGAAUCGUCCGCCGAAUAGGUGGGUGGCCGAGGCGUUGGCGCCGCCUGCUGCAGUCAAGAUCAGGGUCAAGAGGCAGAAAAAGGAAACAGCCCACUAG